CGGAGCUGGCGGAGCAGCUGGGGCUGGGGCUGGCGCAGGGCCAGGCGCUGGCGUCGCCCGGCGGCGCGGGCUCCGACGAGGGCUCGGCCGCCGCCUCGGGCACCAACAACCCCGACGUGGCCACCCUCAUGACGGUCAGCAGCAACUCCUCGUACAAAGGGCUGGAGCGCGCCUUCUGCGUGCGCAUGAAGUCCACGCUCACCAAGCGCGGCUGCCACUUCAAGUCGUCGGGCUACAGGGUGGUGCUGGUGCUGUGCCGGCUGCGGCCGCAGUACACCUUCUCGCACGCGCGCAAGGCGGCGCCGCCGCUGCUGGGGAUGGUGGCGAUCGCCAUGGCGCUGCCGCCGCCCUCCGUGCACGAGAUCCGCCUCGAGUCGGACAUGUUCGUCACGCGCAUCAACUUCGACUUCCGCAUCGCGCACUGCGAGCCCAGGGUGUCGGAGCUGCUGGACUACACGGCGGACGAGCUGACGGGCCGCAACCUGUACGGGCUGUGCCACGGCGAGGACGCCAACAAGCUGCGGAAGGCGCACAUGGACCUAAUCAACAAAGGGCAAGUAAUGACGCAGUACUACCGCAUAAUGAACAAGAACGGGGGCUACACGUGGAUGCAGACGUGCGCUACCGUGGUGUGCAAUUCCAAGAACGCCGAAGAGCAGAACAUCAUUUGCGUCAACUACAUCAUCAGCGGGCGCGAGUUCGAGAACCUCAUCAUGGACUGCUGCCAGCUGGAGGACGGCGGCCAGGCGCACGCCGUCAAGCGGGAGGAGGCGGGUGGCAACGACCCGGAGAACGGCUCCCCGGACGCCGACCGCGGC